AUGGAUCAUUUCAUUGAAUAUUUAACAAAGGGGACUUUGCCCGAGGACAAAUCUGAGGCCAAACGUCUACGACAAAAGGCCGCUCUCUUUAUGGUCCAAGACGGCCACCUUUACCGGAGAGGACAGUCAUUCCCUCAGCUCAAAAGUCUUACACCAAAACAAGGUCAUCAAGUAUUAACAUCUCUGCAUGGCAGCGUCUAUGGUAACAAUGCUGAAGCAAAGAAUUUAGCCUUCAAGGCCCUUCAGACAGGGUACUACUGGCCCACCAUGGAGGCGGACUUAAAGGUCGUAGUCAGAUCAUGCUUGCAAUGUCACCAAUACACCAACUACAUCAACAAACCCUUAGUCUCAAUCUCCAUCAUUGUCUCCCUAGUUCCUUUUUCACAGUGGGGACUAAAUCUAAUUGAGGAAUUGUCAACUGCUUCGGUGGAAUUCCAGUAUAUCAUUUUCACAGUAGACUACUACACCAACUGGAUUAAGGCCAAGACCAUAGCCAAGAUUACCAUGGACAAGGUGAUAAGUUUCUUAUGA